CCCGCCACCCCGGAGAAACCCUCGCACCUUAUACCCUCGCCCUUCCCUUCACCACCCUCUGUGCCCUCCCACGAGUUGUGGCUGCUGCCUCGACGAAAAGCCGUGCCCGCCCGGCGUCGGCCUGUCUGCCGAGAGUCUCGCUGUCCACCGGUCGAUCGCUGCAGUUGGCGCUUUUUGUUCGCCGUCGCCAGUGCCAGCGGCUGCCGAUUGUUAAAAAAGGAUUUGAAGAUGGAAAGUGAGACUGGAGAUUUAACUUUUAAGGGGUUAGGUGUAUGUGAGGAACUACUAGCUGCAUGUGAAAAUUUGGGGUGGAAAGUCCCCUCAAAGAUUCAAGCGCAGUCGAUUCCACAUGCUCUUGAAGGUAGAGACAUUAUUGGGCUUGCAGAAACAGGUUCAGGCAAAACUGGAGCUUUUGCUAUUCCCAUUCUGCAAGCACUUCUGGAAUGCAAAGGGCAACCAGAAGCAUUUUUUGCUUGCGUGCUUUCCCCAACAAGGGAAUUGGCAAUUCAAAUUUGUGAACAAUUUCAAGCUCUAGGAUCGGGCAUUGGUUUAAGAUGCAUAUCAAUUGUUGGAGGUGUUGAUAUGAAUGCUCAAGCAAUUUCACUUGGGAAAAGGCCUCAUGUUUUGGUAGCCACUCCUGGGCGUUUGGUGGAUCAUCUUAAGAGUACAAAAGGUUUCAGCCUUCGGACACUGAAAUACCUGGUCUUGGAUGAGGCUGACAGGUUGCUGAAUAUGGAUUUUGAAAAGGAAAUUGAUGAAAUACUCAACAAUAUCCCCAAGGAGAGAAAAACAUACUUAUAUUCAGCUACAAUGACAAAGAAGGUGGGCAAGCUCCAGAGAGCAUGCCUGAAGAACCCUGUAAAGGUUGAAGCAUCUUCCAAGUAUUCUACUGUCGAUACCCUUAAACAACAAUACCGCUUAGUACCUGCAAAAUACAAGGAUGCGUAUCUUGUAUAUAUUCUUACUGAGAUGACUGGCAGCACAUCAAUGGUUUUCACUCGUACUUGUGAAUCAACUCGACUGCUGUCCUUGAUCCUGCGCAACCUUGGACUGAAGGCUAUCCCUAUCAGUGGACAGAUGAGCCAGCCAAAAAGGUUGGGAGCUCUGAACAAAUUUAAAGCAGGAGAAUGUAACAUCCUCAUUUGCACAGAUGUUGCAAGCCGAGGACUUGAUAUUCCUUCAGUUGAUAUGGUGAUCAAUUAUAACAUCCCAUCUAAUUCUAAGGAUUAUAUUCAUCGAGUAGGCAGAACCGCUCGUGCAGGUAGAACUGGAAUUGCCAUUUCGCUAGUAGACCAGUAUGAAGUGGAAUGGUAUCUGCAGAUAGAAAAGCUAAUUGGCAAGAAACUGCCUGAGUAUGCUGCUGAAGAAGAAGAAGUGUUGCUACUACUAGAACGUGUUUCAGAGGCCAAACGAAUUUCUCAGAUGAAAAUUAAAGAAACAGCUGGAAAGAGGAGAAGAAGCGGGGGUGAUGAUGAUGAUGAAGAAGACAGACAUCUCGCUUCUUUGAAGAAAUCUGCAAAAUCAAAGAGAAGGUGACAGCUGCAGUAUUUUUUGAUCUAGCACGGGAAGUUGUAGAGAAAGAAAGAGUUACUUUACCUUCAGAUGUAAAUUGAAGGAUCGAUUUAAUUAGGUGAUUGCACCAACUUUUUCUGUCUAAACUGUAAACCAAGUUGCGAAGCGGGCAACAUGGUUCCCAGGAUAUCAUUUUUACCUACUUGGUGAAUUAUCGAUGUAGCAAAAACAAGGCCAACUCUAAUGUGUAAACGAGGGGAAUGAUUGCAACAAACAACUUAUGUAAUUUGCCUUUUGCUUUAUGUUCC